GUGCUGUGCUGUAAGAAGCUCCCAAACCUGACCAGUACCACUGUGGCACAUCUGCCUUGCAGGUUAAUAUCCUGUGCAUCAUUGAGUGAUUCCAUUCCUUGCAGACAGCUGAUGGCUUAAGUGUGAUCAGUUACCUCUGAGCCUAUCAUUUCUCAAGGAUUCAUCCAACAAAUAGUCAGUGACAGUGAAAGGAAUAAUUUAUCUUCACUACUCCAAGUUUAUCAGUCUGGAAAGAGUUUUGUGUAUAAAGUACACAAUGGUUGCAAAAUAAAUCUGGGAAAUCUCUUACAUCUGAAGUAUAAACUUUAUUUAAACAAGGAAAAAAUGUAAAUUUCAAGAAGGGAUGGUGGGGGGAGGAGUGUGCAGCUGUGUAAACCAAUGUCUACAAUUACUUACAGAAUCAUUGCUUGACAAAUGUGUGGGUUUUUUACAGCUGGCCUGAGAAAUCAUGUUGUCUUACUCAUCCUACAUCCUCGUAGCACUGGCUGCUUUCUCAGGGACUUGCCAUGCAUUAAGUAAAUACCCAGGGAUUUCUGGGCUACCUGGUAUCCCUGGAAGGGAUGGUCUGAAAGGUCUGCCUGAUUCUCUGGCCAGCAAACACCACAAUGCUUUAGCACAUUUGAAGCACCAACUUUUCCAACUUGAGGCUGUGCUUGCUUUGAAUGGGAAAAUAAGAAAAGUAGGAGAGAAAAUACUUGCUAGCAAUGGGAAGAAAGCUGACUUUGCAUCUGCACUACAAUCCUGUGAAGAGGCUGGAGGAACUCUUGCAGCCCCCAGGAAUGAGGAGGAGAAUAAAGCUGUCAUGGACAUUGUGAAAGAGUAUAACCAAUAUGCUUACUUGGGCAUUAGAAAGGGGGAGACUUCAGGUCAGGUGAAGUAUUUAGAUGGCAUGCCUCUGAGUUAUAGCAACUGGCACCAGCACGAGCCCAAUGGCAAGGGGAAAGAGAAAUGUGUGGAGAUGUACACUGAUGGCACCUGGAAUGACAAAAAAUGCAAUAUGUACCGUCUCACAAUCUGUGAAUUUUAAAGAAUGGCCUUUCAGCCACCUCAGAGUAUGGAGACAAUGAAGUAUCUCUGUUUCAGGUUGAUUAAAUUCCUGCCAUUUCUCUGUAUCCUAAAAUAUAAGAUGAAUCAUAUUGUGAUAUUUUUUUAGCCUUAGGAAAAUGCCAAAUAUGCUAAGUGAUUAACAUGAUUAAAAUGUGCCU